GCGGCGCAGAGCCCGGCAGGCGCCGCCAUUGCCUCUGCAUCCGCGCGGUCUCCCCGGGGCCCCAAUGGCUGGGGCGCGGGCGACGGCGGCGGGGCCUGGAGGGGGCUGGCUCCAGCCCAACGCGGGGUCCCCGGGGCGCCCCUGGAACUUACGUCCGCGAGGGGCCGCGCGGGCCUGGGGGCGGGGCCUGGAGGGCGCUCCCGACUCCCUCUGCGCGGGCUGAUCUCGCGAGGGCCGCCUGGUCUCGCGGCAUUGGCCUGUGGGCGGGGUGAGCCCUGAAAGGCCAGGCGAGGGGGCGGCUCCGCGGGGUCGGGAGAGUAGUCCAGAGCGCCAUGGCCGCCCUGCGUGCCCUGCUGCCCCGGCUCCGCGGCCCGCUAAGGCCCCCGGUUCGCUGUCCCGCGUGGCGUCCCUUCGCCUCGGGUGCUAACUUUGAGUACAUCAUCGCAGAAAAAAGAGGGAAGAAUAACACCGUGGGGUUGAUCCAACUGAACCGCCCCAAGGCCCUCAAUGCACUUUGCGAUGGCCUGAUUGAGGAGCUCAACCAGGCACUGAAGACCUUCGAGGAGGACACGGGCGUGGGGGCCAUUGUCCUCACCGGCGGGGAUAAGGCCUUUGCAGCUGGAGCUGAUAUCAAGGAAAUGCAGAACCUGAGUUUCCAGGACUGUUACUCCAACAAGUUCUUGAAGCACUGGGACCACCUCACCCAGAUGAAGAAGCCAGUCAUCGCUGCUGUCAAUGGCUAUGCCUUUGGCGGGGGCUGUGAGCUUGCCAUGAUGUGUGAUAUCAUCUAUGCCGGCGAGAAGGCCCAGUUUGCACAGCCGGAGAUCUUACUAGGAACCAUCCCAGGUGCGGGUGGCACCCAGAGACUCACACGUGCUGUUGGGAAGUCGCUGGCAAUGGAGAUGGUCCUCACCGGUGACCGGAUCUCAGCCCAGGAUGCCAAGCAAGCAGGUCUCGUAAGCAAGAUUUUUCCUGUUGAGACACUGGUGGAAGAAGCCAUCCAGUGUGCAGAAAAAAUUGCCAGCAAUUCUAAAAUUAUAGUAGCCAUGGCCAAAGAAUCAGUGAAUGCAGCUUUUGAAAUGACGUUAACAGAAGGAAGUAAGUUAGAGAAGAAACUCUUCUACUCAACCUUUGCCACCGAUGACCGGAAAGAAGGGAUGACUGCGUUUGUGGAAAAGAGAAAGGCCAACUUCAAAGACCAGUGAGACCCAGCCGCCCCUCCCUCACACCUUUGCUUGGAGAGGACAAGUGCAGCCUGUCAGUUUUAGAAGCAAGUAAAUCAUCCUGUUUUCAAGAGCAGGGUCCGUGGUGCGCAUUUCUCUCUGACUGCUGCGUGGUCACGGCCCGAGCUCUCAUGGCAUGACUGCCUUCUUCUCUCAGCCUGUGAGGGUCCGUGUUCACGCCCUGAUUGGAGCACCUUCUUCUCAAUCUUAAGACUCUGCUGAGGAGCCCCUGCUGGUCCCUCUGGGCAUGCAGUGCUUGGGCGGAAAGCAGGGCCUGCGGGUCCUUGUGUCCCUGCCGCUGGAGAGGGGCUGCUCUGAGGGGAACACUGCUGCCUUCACACAGAUGCUCUGCUGAUUAAAGUGACAGCGAUUCAGGUGACACCACGCCUUGUA